AGACAGGACUGUGGAUGUGUUUCACUUGCUGCUUCGCCUGGGCUAUAGCAACAACUUCAAAGCUCAGCGCUGCUGCUGCUGCUCUCUUCUGAGAACAAACUUCUUGCUGAAGGAUUCCUGCCCCUCCAUAAGCUGAUAGUAAUGACCCAGCUGCAGUUUAAAGAUGCAUUUUGGUGCAAGGAGUUCACUUUCCACACUGGCUAUGAGGUGCUUGUACAACGACUGCUAGAUGGAAGGAAGAUGUGCAAAGAUGUGGAGGAUUUGCUCAAGCAGAGAGCACAGGCAGAAGAGAGAUACGGCAAAGAGUUGAUUCAGAUUGCUCGAAAAGCAGGAGGACAAACAGAAGUCAACACACUGAGGGCAGCAUUUGAGAGCCUUAAGCAACAAAUUGAAAGUGUUGGAAACUCUCAUAUCCAGCUGGCAGUAAUGCUGAAGGAUGAACUGAAAGGAAUAGAGGAGUUCCGAGAACGACAAAAAGAGCAAAGAAAAAAGUACGAGUCUGCAAUGGAGCACAUGCAGAAGACCAAGUUGUUGCAUUAUAAGAAAACAAUGGAGUCGAAGAAGACCUACGAGCAGAAGUGCAGGGAAGCGGAUGAAGCUGAGCAGUCCUUUGAACGGACAAGCACUUCUGGCAACCAAAAGCAAAUAGAAAAGAGUCAGAACAAAGCCAAGCAAUGCAGAGACGCAGCAAAUGAAGCAGAGAAGGUGUACAAACAGCACAUAGAGCAGCUGGAUAAGGUCAGGACAGACUGGGAACAGGAACACAUCAAAACCUGCGAGGUCUUCCAACUCCAGGAGUGUGACCGCAUCACCAUCCUCCGAAACUCACUGUGGGUUCAUUGUAACCAGCUCUCCACACAGUGCGUGAAAGACGAUGAGCUGUAUGAAGAGGUUCGGGUAAGCCUGGAGAACUGUGUUAUAGAGUCAGACAUAGACUACUUCAUCAAGACCAAAAUGACAGGAACACAACCUCCAGGUGCAAUAGGUUAUGAGAACUAUUAUGACAGACAACAGAACAGAACUAACAGCAGCUCAACCCCGUCUUGUGGGAUGAUGAAAAGAUUCUCUGGCUUACUACAUGGAAGCAGCAAAAACAAUGGGGAAAGCAUCAUUCCUUCUGCCCCUCCUCUUGCAGAGAAAACAGAUGGGGUCUAUGCAUCCAUUUUUGCAAAUGAACAAGCAGAAAUCAUAUCAUCACAGGACUACAGAGUACUUUAUGACUACACAGCCCAGAACACAGAUGAACUGGACAUCAACGAAGGAGACAUUGUAACCGUCAUUGAAGAAAGAGAGGAUGGUUGGUGGACAGCAGAAAGGAAUGGGCAGCGAGGCUAUGUGCCAGGGUCCUAUCUUGAAAAGCUCUGAUGGAAAGUAGCUGCAGUCCUCAGACUUUAAAAAUAUUGAAAUAUUGUACUACUGAAAGAAA